UGAAUUAACUGAAGCACAAGCAUUUCAAGGUGUCCCCAUGACCUACAGUGAAUAUGUAACUAUUGCAACAGUUUCACGUAUUUAACCAUAAAUGUGUUUUUAUUUUGCAUUGGCUUUACGUAAUAUAUUUUGUACCUUACUUUUAACUUACUUAUCUAUUCAUAUAAUAAAUAAUUCUCGAAUUUUAAAAAUUUAUCGUUAGGCUUUUUUAGUUUUUAAAUAACCAAAAGUUUAAAAUAAUGAAGAGCUUGUUUUCUGCUAAUAGGUGGCGAUUUGUCGAAAGCGAAAACUUAUGUGCCAAGACUUACCGGGCGCAAUAGAUAUAGGAAAUAUACCCGCCACCAAUUUUGAACAAACUGCGGCACACGCGAUCCAGCUGCUAUUAGAAGGGGCACAGGCCUCAAACAGUGAAAUAACCGGAGCACAAGCAAUGCAAGGUGUUCCCGCGACCGAAGCCAAAAUGGUAAAAAUUAGGUUUACAAUUGGAAGAAUUUUCAUACUAUAUAAAUUAAUAUUAUAUUGAAAAUAUCUUUUAAUUUUUCUCGGUUUAAAAAUUGAAAUGCAUAGCAUGCUUAAAACAAAAACUCGUACAAGAACACUCUCCAAUAGCAGCAGCUUUAAAAGAUAAACUGGCCGUUAACGAUGAACUAGCAACAAAAACCAGCGACGCCUAGACUUCGACAAUUUUAGUCGAACUUCUNCGAAAACUUAUGUGCCAAGACUUACCGGGCGCAAUAGCUUUAGGAAAUAUACCCGUCACCGAUUUUUAAAAAACGGUGGCACACGCGAUCCAGCUACCAUUAGAAGGGGCAAUAACGAUGAACUAGCCACAAAAACCAGCGACGCAUAGACUUCGACAAUUUUAGUCGAACUUCUAAAAAUUUACCGGAUGGAUAUACAUGAUUUAAUUAUUUUAUAGCUUUAGUUUAACUAUAUAUUUGUCAAAAAUAAAUAAAUACAUAUUACAUAUUAUUUACUCUAAAACAUAAACGUAUUUUAUAUUAUUUUAUUAUUAUAUAUUAUAUUUAUACUACAAACGUCUAUAAUAUAAUUUGUAGUAUUAUACCGGUGCUUUGGUCAAAAUAGGCCACUUUUUGGUGAAAAUGAGUUUUAUGGCCAAUCAUAUAAACUUUAAUGUACUUUUUCUAAUGAUAAAAGUGCGUAUCUCGAAUAUAUUUUUUUUGAGAUUUAUAUUUUUUGAGACCAAUGUCGUUACAAAAUUACUGUUGCAAUAACCAAAAAUGUGUUUAUUCCUUAUUUCCGAAAAUUAAUUAAAAGUGUGAUUGGCCCUUAUUGAUCCAAGCCCCAGAAUUAGUAGUAGUAUUAAUUUCUUUCGAUUACACCAAACAAGUUUUGACUUGUAUUUGUAUUAAUAAUCUUUAUUAUCAUUGAAUAGUAUAUUAGUACAUUAUUAUUUUAAUUUGAUGAUAAUUUUAUCUUUUCGAAAAAAUAAAUAUUUUCAUUCCAAAUAAAAAAUAUCGCAAUCGUAUUUUAAUGUUAUAUUCAAUUUAUUUAUUAGUUAUUAUUGUCGUCUCUCGUAUGACCUUUAAUGCAAUAUGAAUUUUAAAUAUAAGAAUAAUAGAUCAGAUAUAAAUUAAAAUAAAUGACUAAUUUAUAAAGC